AUGCAGAGUGAGAGUCUGGCUGGUCAGACUGGCCACCCAGGAUUUCCUGGUAUCCAUGGUGUCAAUGGUCACGUUGGUGCUGGGGGGAAUCCUGGUCUGCCGGGGCUAGACGGCUGUAACGGGACCAGGGGACAGACGGGGAUCCCCGGUGUUCAUGGCACGGACGGAUUCCCUGGACUCAGGGGAUAUUUCGGUCCCAAAGGAACAAAAGGGGAGCCUGUCUACGAUGUAUCUGUACCUGGCCUUCCUGGCGACCCUGGGCCUCCUGGAAGAUCUGGAUCACCUGGCCAUGCGGGACCCAAGGGUCACACAGGCCCUGCUGGACCUAAUGGAAAUAAUGGUCCAGACGGUCCACCCGGGGCUAGAGGAGAACCAGGUGACACUGGCAGAUCACUGCCGGCAUUAAAGGUGAUGAGGGGGACCAGGGUCAACCAGGGCCUCCGGGGCCUGAGGAGAUCGUCGAGCCUCCAGACCUUUUCUACCCCAAAGGAGGCAAGGGGGAUAAAGGGGUUCCUGGACCAUGUGGACCCAGAGGCAUAACUGGAGAAAAAUCCUAUGAAGGACUCAAGGGAGAAACUGGAAUCCGUGGCUUUCCUGGUCCUCGGGGUUACAUUGGAGAUACCGCCAGCCUGGAACGUUCUGGACCACAGG